AUGGUCUCUUUCAAGUCUCUCCUCCUCGCCGCCUCGGCACUCACCGGAGCUCUCGCUCGUCCCUUUGACUUCCUCGACGAGCAAGACGACGGCAACUCUACUUCCGUCCUUGAGGCCCGCCAGGUCACCGGUAACUCUGAGGGUUACCAUAACGGGUACUUCUACUCUUGGUGGUCUGAUGGCGGUGGUUAUGCCAACUACCGUAUGGGUGAGGGAAGUCACUACCAGGUUGAUUGGCGCAACACUGGUAACUUUGUCGGUGGAAAGGGUUGGAACCCUGGUACUGGCCGAACUAUCAACUAUGGCGGCUCUUUCAGCCCUCAGGGUAACGGCUACCUCUGCGUCUACGGCUGGACUCGCAGCCCUCUCGUCGAGUACUACGUCAUCGAGAACUACGGCAGCUACAACCCCGGCUCUGCUGGCCAGCACAAGGGCACCGUCUACAACGACGGCGACACCUACGAUCUGUACCAGACCACCCGCUACAACCAGCCCUCUAUCGACGGCCAACAGACCUUCAACCAGUACUGGGCCAUCCGCCGCAACAAGCGCAGCAGUGGCGCUGUCAACAUGCAGACUAUCUUCAAUGCUUGGGCCAAUGCUGGCAUGAGACUUGGAAACCACUACUAUCAGAUUCUGGCUACCGAGGGAUACCAGAGCAGUGGAUCUUCUUCCAUCUAUGUCCAGACUAAGUAA